GGCGGCGGCGGCGGUGGUCGUAGCGGUGGCGGAGGAGGCGGGUACGAAUCAGCUGCGGGCGGAGACAUGGCCAACAUCGCGGUGCAGCGAAUCAAGCGGGAGUUCAAGGAGGUGCUGAAGAGCGAGGAGACGAGCAAAAAUCAAAUUAAAGUAGAUCUUGUAGAUGAGAAUUUUACAGAAUUAAGAGGAGAAAUAGCAGGACCUCCAGACACACCAUAUGAAGGAGGAAGAUAUCAACUAGAGAUAAAAAUACCAGAAACAUAUCCAUUUAAUCCCCCUAAGGUCCGGUUUAUCACUAAAAUAUGGCAUCCUAAUAUUAGUUCCGUCACAGGGGCUAUUUGUUUGGAUAUCCUGAAAGAUCAGUGGGCAGCAGCAAUGACUCUCCGCACGGUAUUAUUGUCAUUGCAAGCACUAUUGGCAGCUGCAGAACCAGAUGAUCCACAAGAUGCAGUAGUAGCAAAUCAGUACAAACAAAAUCCUGAAAUGUUCAAACAGACAGCUCGACUUUGGGCACAUGUGUAUGCUGGAGCACCAGUUUCUAGUCCAGAAUACACCAAAAAAAUAGAAAACCUAUGUGCUAUGGGCUUUGAUAGGAAUGCAGUAAUAGUGGCCUUGUCUUCAAAAUCAUGGGAUGUAGAGACUGCAACAGAAUUGCUUCUGAGUAACUGAGGCAUAGAGAGAGAGCUGCUGAUAUAGUCAAGCUUGCCUCUUCUUGAGGAGCACCAACAUCUGUUAUUUUUAGGAUUCUGCAUAAUUUCUUUUAAACUGGCAUUCUUGCCUAAUGAUGUUAUCUAGGCACCAUUGAAGACUGAAAAAAAAAAAAAAAAUUCCUGCUCUGUAAAUAAAGCUAAUUAAACGUCUGUGUAAAUUUAAAAA